AUGCGAGAGUUUAUGCACUACAUCACAAACGCCUUCUACGGCGCGACUGAUUGGAACGAGGACAACACCUACAAAGAGCUUAAUGCCACCGCCAGAGAGCUCAUCGACUUCCCCAUCCCUCGGGGACUCCGCCUGACCCUUUCGUCCCUUGCAACGCCUAACUUUGCGACAAGCUACCAGCUCGGCAGCAUUGGCAUCGUCGAUGGCUCCAUCUCGUACCUACAUAGUUCGAUCCCUUUGACAAGCACCGUCGCACAAUCCGAUCGUAUACCCCUACCAGCCUUGCUGCGGUCUUAUCGGCGACUACACGAUCUUGGUUCAAUAGAGGGAGAACAGUCCGUGGACAAAGUCGGUGAUGAAGACACCCCACCAGUCAACGCUCCCGCUGGCGUCCAUCACGCACUCUGCCAAAACGGACACACUCUGCUGUAUGGCCGCCUGUAUCUACCACAGUCGCUCCUCGAAGGUCUAGUGGUUCGGCGCUUCAACCCCUCUCUCCAGGUCCAGCUCUCUGCUGUUAGCGAGCAGUCGUUGAAAAACGGCGGCACCGUAUUGGGCCUCGUGCAGUAUGACAAGGGAAAGUACGGGGUGGAAGGUUUAGCUUCAACUGACGGUGGUCUCCUCGGUGUUCGCGGCCUGUACAACUUUGGUGGGGAUGCUGCCUCGUCGGCCAAGAGCCCGCCAACUAGCGCUGUGUCCUCAGAUGCCAAUGGAAACGGCCAGCCCGUGGAGAAAGAACGAAUAUACGGCCGCUUUAGUGCGGGCGGCGAGGUGUAUUACGGGACACUCAACAAAUCUGGCGGCAUGUCUCUCGGCGCCCGGUUCGCGACCCUCCCAGCACACCGAGGGACUCCGCUGACGGCAACCUUGACCAUCAAUCCCCUCAUGGGGAACAUCAAUGCCACAUAUGCCGUCCUAGCCCAAGACUACUGCUCCCUGGCAACCAGGAUGGAGUUCAACGUUUACAGUUACGAAAGCGAGUGGGCGGUGGGCAUGGAACUGUGGAGCAACCGGAGACCGGCCGGUUUCUUGCUCGGCGCCGAUCCCAGCAGCCAAAACGAGCCCGAUCCCGCGCCUCCCACAAGGAGGGAAAGAAGUUUCCAGGCAAAGAUGGAAUGGCGAUUGGACGACCCGGAACCGGAGCCGGAGCGGGCCAAAGCUGGAACGAAUGCUGCGGAAGGCGGGAGCAAAGAAGAGUAUCUGGGCGUCUUGAAGGCCCGGCUCGACCAAAACCUGAGGAUCGGCCUCCUAUGGGAAGGCCGCGUUAAGUCGCUCAUCUUCAGCCUGGGUACCGGUGUCGACCUACGGAGGUUAGGAGAACCAUUCCGAAGCCUGGGUCUCGAAGUACAGUAUUCCUCGUGA